AUGACUGAACUGGUGGACUUGACAUUGGAGGGGAACUCUCUGAUAAGAGCUGUCUACCAAAGACGCCUCCGCCUCACCAGGCUGCUAUUAGAGGGUGGUGCCUACAUCAAUGAGAGCAACGACAGAGGAGAAACCCCGCUCACGAUUGCUUUUAGGAAAAAACCUGUGGAUAGCCAGAGUGUCAGCAAGGCAAGGAUGGUUAAAUACCUGCUGGAAAACAAGGCUGAUCCAAACAUACAGGAUAAGUCUGGGAAAACAGCCUUGAUGCAUGCUUGUUUGGAAAGAGCAGGCCCGGUGUCUCUGCUACUGAAAAGUGGGGCUGACCCCAGCCUGCAAGAUCGCUCCAACUGCUCUACACUUGUGUAUGCAAUAAACUCUGAAGACAAAGAGACCCUGAAAGUUCUUCUUAACACCUGCAGGGAGCAAGGAAAAGAAAUCAUCAUCACAAUGGACAAGUCCACAUCAGGAAGGCAGAAAACAAAGCAGUACCUAAACAUGCCUCCUGCACACCUUGAGGAAUGCUAUUCCCCAACUGUCUGCAUUUCCCCAUCAGAAAUAGAACUGAAAACUUUCCGGUCCUUGCUUUCAAGCUCAGAUAAAACUGAAAAGGCAUUCUUCAGCUUUAAAGAGCUGGAUCAUCCACGAAGUGUGGAUAACUCAUCUCAGAUAGUUUCACUGAUGAGAAAAUCCAGCUUGACAAAAGCCAGGUCCAAACUCUCACAAAUGCAGCGGCUACAGUCUGAGCCUUGGAUAAAGAGCUCUCUGUUACUGUUCCACCAGAAUAAAAUCACCUCUUCACUUCAGGAUAUUACUCCACAAGAAGAGCUCUCUUCUAAAACCACUGGCCUUGCCCCAUCAAACAGAUUCAUCACCAGGCCCCAAAGUAUUGACAUAAAAGACACUUCUCAUUUACUGAAAACCUUUGAACAUGGUGGAUCAAGGAAAUUACUGUAUGACAAGAUAAACUCUCAGAUUCCUUGUGUGGAAGAGAAAUAUAACCCCAGUGGGAUUCCUGUGGGUAAGGAUGCCAGUCUGGGACAAAUCAGCUUUACUUCAAACCCUAACAGUGUUAUCCAGAAAAGAAACUUGGGAGCAAAUCACUACAGCUCUGAUUCUCAGUUAACUCAGUUAACUCAGCCUUCUACUGCAGAAGACAGUAAGUCAGUGAUAGGAAAGAAAAAGAUCCUUUCUCCCUCUCACUCUUUGUUACAAAAUCCCAGAGAAGUACUGCAGAACAUGCGUCCUGUUACUCUGACAAGGAAAAACCAAGCUUCUCUAGAAAAGCAGGAAUCAGGAGCCUUACUGUUGGGUCACAUUGCUCAGAUAACCAGUUUUCUUCCACCACUGAAUGUGAGUCCUCACCCCCCAGUUCCAGAUAUUACUUUCAUAAACAGUGUUUCUGGGAUGAUUUCUUGUGGAGAAAAGCAUUUAGUUCUAGCAGCACCUCCUUUUUAGGAGACCAAGAACAUAAAAAUACUCCAAAGGAGGCAGUCACUACAGACUGAGCAGAUCAAGCAAUUAGUGAAUUAUGAACAAAGGGAUUAA